AUGGCCUCAGAAAAUGGAGAGAAAGUAGAGCUUGGUCUCAAUGAAGUUCCCGAGACAAAGGCAAAGAAAGAUUGGGUUCUUUUAUCCCUAAGGGUGGUUGCAUUUUUGGCCACAGCAUCUGCAGCACUUGUGAUGGCUCUUAACAAACAGACCAAAACCUUAGUAGUUGCCACAGUUGGUAGCACCCCAAUAACAGCUACUCUUUCCGCAAAGUUUAACCAAACUCCAGCUUUUGUAUUCUUUGUCAUAGCCAAUGGAAAUGCCAGUCUCCAUAACUUGGUGAUGGUAGCAAUCCAGAUAUUAGGACCCCAAUAUGAUUUCAAAGGACUUCGCCUUGCAUUGAUUGCUAUAUUAGACAUGAUGACAAUGGCUCUAGCAUCAGCUGGAGAUGGUGCAGCAACAUUCAUGUCUGAAUUGGGAAGGAAUGGUAAUUCGCAUGCAAGAUGGGAUAAGAUAUGUGACAAAUUCGAGAGCUACUGCAACCGAGGUGGUGCUGCCCUCAUUGCCUCUUUCAUUGGCUUCAUUCUCCUCCUCAUUAUUACAGUAAUCUCCAUUAUCAAGUUGCUCAAGCCAAGUCGCAUUGCUGUUAACCAUGCUUCUUCAUAA